GACAACCGGAUCCUUGAAGAUGUCAACCACCGGGAGCCGUCAAAAUACUGAAAAUAUGUCCGUUCGGUCUGGAAAGCUAAAUAGAACAAUAAAACCAUCACUGUUUCCUCAUCCUCGCAUUCGAGCACCAGCGCGUCAAUGGCUACUAUACCAUACAAACUCAGUCGUCAAAGGCCCCGGGCUCGCCAACUCUACUGCAAUUGCGUGAAGUUGUUGAGUCCUUUCUCUCUCCUCGCAAUUCAGACAAGCAGAACUAUCGGAACCGAAUCCGAGAGCCUCCAUGAACCCGAGCCUCCAAUUUCUGACCUAAUCUUCCAAUCCGGACCCAAAAUGGGUUCUUACCAACCGGGUGAUUCCUCUUACUAUUCCUUGAUCGAAAACUAUGCCGGUUGUGGCGAUUUUAGAACAUUAGAGACGGUCUUGGCUCGAAUGAGACGGGAAAACAGGGUAUUCCUAGAGAAGAGCUUCAUUCAAAUCUUCAAGGCUUAUGGGAAGGCGCAAUUACCCGAGAAAGCCGUGGAAAUGUUUGAUAGAAUGGUUCGUGAAUUUAGGUGUAAACGUACUGUUAAGUCGUUUAAUUCGGUUCUUAAUGUUAUUAUAAAAGAUGGUUGCUUCCAUCGCGCACUGGAGUUCUACUAUUCUGUUGUUAAUGAUAUAAGCAUGAAUAUUUCUCCAAACGGGCUUAGUUUCAAUUUGGUCAUUAAGGCGAUGUGCAAGUUGGGAUUGGUUGACAGUGCAGUCGAGUUGUUCAGGGAAAUGCCUGUUAGAAAAUGUACUCCUGACGUGUAUACUUAUUGCACCCUAAUGGAUGGUUUGUGCAAGGAGGAUAGGAUUGAUGAGGUUGUUUCGUUGUUCGAUGAGAUGCAAAUUGAGGGUUGUUUUCCCACUUCUGAGACGUUCAAUGUGCUUAUCAAUGGGUUAUGCAAAAAGGGUGAUUUAGCUCGCGCAGCAAAGUUUCUGGAUAAUAUGUUACUUAAAGGUUGUGUUCCUAAUGAAGUGACCUACAAUACACUUAUUAAUGGUUUAUGUCUCGUGGGGAAGUUGGACAAGGCAGUUAGUGUUUUGGACCGGAUGGUGUCAAACAAAUGUGUACCUAAUGAGAUCACCUACGGAACGAUUGUCAACGGGCUUGUCAAGCAAGGAAGGGCAGAAGAUGCAGCUCAUUUGUUGAAUUCCAUAGAGGAAAGAGGGUAUCUUGCGAAUGAACACAUUUAUUCUGCUAUAUUAAGUGGGUUAUUUAAGAAGGGAAAUUCUGAAGAGGCAAGGAGGUUGUUCAAAAAUAUGGUAGAAAAGGGAUGCAAACCCAACAUUGUUGUGUACAGUGCUGUGGUAGAUGGUUUGUGUCGAGAAAGAAAACCUGACGAAGCCUAUGAAAUUCUUGGUGACAUGAUAAACAAGGGUUGCCCACCCAAUGCUUACACGUAUAGCUCGUUGAUGAGAGGUUUUUUUGAGAUAGGUAACAGCGGCAGAGCCAUACAGGUGUGGAAUGAGAUGGCUGAAAAUAAUUGUAUACCCAAUGAGGUUUGUUACAGUGUACUUAUUGAUGGCCUUUGCAAGGAUGGAAAGCUGAGAGAGGCUAUGAUGGUCUGGACACGCUUGUUGUACACAGGAUGUAAGCCAGAUGUUGUAGCUUACAGUUCGAUGAUUCAUGGCCUCUGCAACAGUGGCUCACUAGAUGAGGCUAUAAAACUCUUCAAUGAGAUGCUUUGUCAUAAGCCUGAAUCUCAACCUGAUGUCAUCACUUAUAACAUUCUUUUGAAAGCUUUCUGCGAGCAGGGAAAUGUCUCUCGUGCCAUUGAUCUUUUAAAUGGCAUGUUGGAUAGGGAAUGUGAUCCAGACUAUGUCACAUGCAACAUAUUCUUGAGGGCCUUCGGACAAAAUCUAAGCAUUCAGCAAGACGGGAGGGAGUUUCUAGACGAGCUCGUGAUUAGGCUAUUUAGACGACACAGAGUGUCAGGUGCAUCUAAAAUUUUGGAAGUAAUGCUGCAAAAGUCUUUCGCACCAAAAGCCUCUACAUGGGAUAGAGUUGUUCAAGAAAUCUGCAAACCCAAGAAGAUACGAGCAGACAUUAACAAAUGUUGGAGCAAUCUAUUCUGCUAAAAUAUAGGAUGUUCUUGGCAUGUUCAUUUUGAGCAUAAUUUUACUUUUGCAUCAUCUGCUUUAGAUGGCAUGUAAGCCACUCACCUUGUUUUCGUGAGGACUAUGCUCAGUAAACUAAAUGGAGAUUGUGGAUCAUGAAACUCGAAACUUGGCGUUGUGCACUGGAGAACAAUGAAUAUACCCCAAGAAGAAGUAAAGAGAUAUUGGUCUUGAUGCUCAUACUUGGAAUUUAUCAGUUCUCACUAUCUCUCACUGUCUGCUCUUACUACAGGGAACUUCAUAAAAAUAAGCACCACCUGGGUAACUGAAUCUUCCCCUGGAAUUCAAUCAGGAAAUCCAUAGCUUAUAGCCCCCUCCCUCUGCCCUUAAGUUGUUUUUUUUUUGCCAGAAAGUUGUGUGGGGAGGGAUCUUAACCAUAGACAACUUACUGAAGAGUGGCAUUUCCCAAGUCAGUGGACUCCAGUGGUGUUUUUAUGGAUGGUCUUUAGUUUCUUUUGCCAGGGUGGUGAUACUAUCACAUUCUACAUAAGCAAAGUAUAUAGUUGCUUGGGAUCUCCCUUGCCACAAAGAGGAAAAAGGGAGUCGAAUUGGAUGUGUUAGCACAAGAAAACCUCGCAAUCAUCAGAAACCUGAUUAUACAGUAUUCAGUGUAGAUAUGCGAUAUAAGUGGUAGUUUCCCUUGCGCUGAUUGUUACCAUCAUUGUAGCAACUGCCAGGUCAUAGAACAUUAGAAGGACAUUAGUUUACUGAUCUCUUGGUGUGGUGUGAAUGUGUAACAAGUUCUGGUGGGGUUUGAAUUGAGAAGUUGCAACAAUGCUUUCAAAAAGUAUAUGUCCCGUCUUUAUGAAAACCAAAUCUCCUUACUCAAUGAUUAGGAAAAUGGCCUGCCUGCAACUCAAUGUCCAAAAAGCAAAUUUAAGAGCAUUGCUCUUAACCAUAAGUUUUUUGACAGAGUACUUUUCCAGCAUGUUUGUGGCUUAUUGGCCAUGAACAUAUGAAAUGUGGGUCACAAUAACAGAAAUCACAUCCACAUCAUGUGAUUUUCCA